CUCAUUUUUUUCAAAAUGGCGUCUAAAGUGGUUCCGUCGUUCGGUCGACAUCUGAAAGAAUUGAGAAUACACUUAUGUCAGACUUCAAAGACUAGCCAAGGUGUCAGGGAAUUCAUUGAAAAUGGAUAUGUACCACUGAAGACUGCUAAUCCAAAAUUUCCAAUUCUGAUCCGGGAAUGUAGUGGAGUACAACCUAGGCUAUAUGCUCGUUAUGAGUAUGGUCAAGAAGUGAGCAAACCUUUGUCAGACCUAAACAGCACUCAAGUGAUGGAUGCUAUAAAGACAGUUUCUCAAAAAACAGUAUGAGGCUGAGUUGUGUGUAUGAGGUGGUCACUUGAGUGGUCUGCCUGAGUAAAAGACUUUUUGUAAAUUUAAUGUAUAAGAUGGAAUAGCUACAUAUUUUGCCUGUUUUGAUGUAAUAAAAUUGUAAUUGUGAAGAC